AUGCCAUUUUCUCUCCACAAUUCAUUCAUCAACAAUCGCUUACAUUACAAAAGAACUUCAAAAGAUGGAGAGCAGCUUAGCAGACAUGCUCAUGAAGGUUGGUGUCUUCAUUCUUGUUCAAGCUUUGGUGUACCUUAUUCUUUCCAAUUCAUCGAACAUCUUCUCCAAGAACAUCAAGAGAUCCCACAGCUUCAGGCCUGCUCGAUCUGUCAGCAUUCGUCGCAUGCUGGCUUUGAUCUCUGAUUUUCCACCAGAAGGGGAGCCUUCUCCUUCUCCAAAGGCUCCUCAAUCACCCUCUCUUCAGAGUUAAGUCAUCGUCAUUUGUAAGGUUUUAAGAUUACAACUUGCACAAGGUUCAGACAAUUUAGGUUGUAGGGUGGCCUGAUUAAGGUUCAGAAACCCCAGAAUCAUGAUCUUGUGAUUGUGAUUUUAAAACCUUAAACCAGACCGAGUUGUCUGUAAAUUAUUUGUAUUUCUUAGUGUGUAAAGGCCAUGGUAUAUUGAUGAAGUGGUCAAAGGGUCUAAAAUUAUUGGUUGUAUAGGUAUUGAAUUCUUUUGUUCAUUCAUUUUUUUUUAUGAUGAAUUUUUACUAUAUUUGUGAA